AUGGAUGGAUUUUACUCCGGGUUACGAGAUGGCUUGAACUCCGUCGGAUCUAUUCUGAAGGGUUCUGGGCCGUUCGAUGGGGUCAUCGGUUUCAGCGAAGGUGCCGCUGCGGCUGCUAUGGUUGCAUCGCUUUUGGAAGAAAAUAGACAAGAUGUAUUUGCCCGAUUGGAAGCGGAAGAUGGAAUUCCAUAUCCAUUUUUCUUCGCCACUCUGGACCACCCUCCCUCUCAAAUUUGUGCUUAUCGUGCCUUCUACAAACCCUCCAGUCGGACGCCAGCGCUGCAUUCUCUGGGGAGUAUGGAUAGUGUCGUUGAUGAAAUUACAUCAAUGAGGUUGGUAGAAAGCUGCCAGGAGCUGAAGGAUGAAAAGAAGCCAAUUGUCAUUUGGCACGCGGGCGGACAUGUGGUCCCAAGUGGAAAGCGAGAACUCGCUGUGAUUGCACAAUUCAUUCAGUCUAAAGGGAGCUAA